UCAACGAUCGGUCGUUGAAGCAAUCCAGGCCGUCGGAUCUCGUAACGGACUUUUGACAAAUGUUUUGUUCAGAUCGUGUCUGCUGGUGAAGGAGAAGUAUCGUUGAGUGAAAAUGCAAAGCAAGGGUUCGAAUUACCACCGGAAUGGAUUGGUUUUUCGAUCCCCUAUUUCAGCCUUACUGCUCUGCACCAUCGCCGCUAUGGCUUCCUUCUAUGUCGCCGGUCGUUUAUGGCAGGAUGCAGAGAAUAGGGUUUAUUUGGGUAAAGAGCUUGACAGAAUAACAGGGCAGGGGAAAUCUGCUAUAUCCGUGGAUGAUACGUUGAAAAUUAUAGGAUGCAGGGAACAACAGAAGAAACUAACAGCUCUUGAGAUGGAACUGGCGGCAGCUCGUCAAGAAGGCUUCGUAUCAAAGCACUUGUCAAGCACAAAAACUCCUCCUAAGAAGAGACCAUUGGUGGUGAUUGGAGUCCUUACAGGAUUUGGCCGCAAGAACAACAGGGAUGUGAUACGCAAGGCGUGGAUGGCAACUGGUGAAGCUUUGAGAAAGAUGGAGGAUCAAAAGGGUGUUAUUGCUCGAUUUGUUAUUGGAAGAAGUGCUAAUCGUGGAGACAGUCUGGAUAGGGGCAUAGAUAUUGAAAACAGGAACUAUAACGAUUUCUUUAUCCUAGAUAGCCAUGUGGAGUCCUCUGAGGAACUUCCAAAGAAGACCAAAUAUUUCUUUGCUCAUGCUGCCGAAAGAUGGGAAGCUGAAUACUAUGCCAAAGUCAAUGAUGAUGUUUAUGUAAAUAUUGAUGCCUUGGGAAGUACACUUGCUGCUCAUCUGGAUAGUCCUCGUGUAUAUAUUGGGUGUAUGAAAUCAGGCGAAGUUUUCUCUGAACAGGGUCAGAAGUGGUAUGAACCUGAUUGGUGGAAAUUUGGGGAUGGAAAGACGUAUUUCCGCCAUGCAUCUGGUGAGAUGUUUGUUGUAUCAAAGGCUUUGGCGAAAUUUGUCUCGAUUAACAGAUCGAUUCUUCGCACAUAUGCUUUUGAUGAUGUCAGUACUGGCUCCUGGUUCAUCGGUCUUGAUGUCAAACAUAUUGAUGACAAAAAGUUUUGCUGUGCAUCUUGGUCAACAGGAGGUAUUUGCGCAGGUGCAUAAUUUAAUCUAAUUGAAGAACCCUGGUUUGAUAUAUACACAACUGAGAUAGGUCCCUGAUGCUUAUGAAAGUUGAAUAGUAACAGAAAUUACAUGGAUUCGGUUGAAAGGAGCAUGGAAUGCCAUUUAUAUACAGGCAUGGUUGAGGGAACUCUUUUUCUUUUUCUUUUUUUUUUUUCUCAUUGGACUGAUACUUGAUUCUUUGGUUUUCGAAUACCAUAGUGCUUACAAGAGCCUUCUUACAUUCUGCUUGUUUUCUGUACGCAAUACAGGUCGAACAUACAACUCAAAGUUUUGAUCAGAACUUUAUAAAGGUUGUGAAUCUAA